GUGCUGGGGGAAGUCGACCCGCAGCACCCCGUGCCGGCGAGGCGUUCAGCACCGCCAUGCUGGACAGCGCCGGUGGACGGAGCUUUGAGGGGGCGUGGCCUCCUAACGUAUCGUGCAGCUGUUGGAGGGUUGUUGCCACGUGACCAACCGCUGCGAGUGGGCGGGACCUCAACCCGUUGCCACGCAGACGGCAUCUGUUUAUCCUUUCCCAUUGGCCAGGCCGUUCCGGUGGGCGUGGUUCGCGCCGUUACUACGGAGACCGCUCCGCUCGUUACCGUCCUCGCUCUCCCAUUGGCCGCGGCUUUCCCGGUACCGGCGGCAGUGCGCUUCCCAUGGCGGCGGCGCUGGAAGCGGCGCUGGGCACGGCGUGCUGCUGGGGGUUUUCCCCGGCUCUCGAUCUCCACGAGCACGGUGAGCUCUGCCGGCAUCCCAGCCCGGUUCCCCCCCAGAAUCCCCUCGCUGGGUUUUUGUUUCCCGGUAACCCCGGAUUUUUCCCAGUCCCGGACGCCGGCGGGGGCGAUGUGACGGCGCUGCUCGUGGGGGCGGCGGAGGGGCGGCACCUUUUGCUCACUGUCUCACGGGCGCACCGGGAGCCUCGCUCCGCCGUCACCAUCUUCGUGGCCGAGCAGCGUCCCGAGACGGUGGCUCGGCAGCUCCUCUUCCUUCUCCUCGCCACCACCGAACCUGCGGGGAGCACCGGACUGCGGGCCCGCGCCACCGCCCUCCUGGAGCUGCUGGGGUCCGUCCGCCUCCGCCCGUCCACCGCCCGGCUCCUGGAGGGCGCUGCGAGGCGGCUGCGGCGGUGGGUGAUGGAGAGGGGGGCGGAAGAGGAGGGACCCCCCCCGGAGGUGGAGCUGAUGAAG